GCAGCGGGGCGGCGCGGAGGCCAUCUUGGCGCGGGACACACGCUCCUCUGGUCUUCCUCGUCCACCGUAAGCCGGAUCCCUGCGAGGGACCCCCCGACCCGGCCCCCGACCCCGAUCCGGGUGUGCAGCUUCUGCGCAGGCGCUCGCUCCGACCCAGUGUGCUGUAACUGAGGGAAAAUGAUGGAAGAAAGUGGAAUCGAGACCACGCCGCCUGGAACCCCUCCCCUGCAUCCUGCAGGCUUGGCUGCCAUGCCCUCCACGGAGGCUCACUUAGCUGCAACCAGUUCCUUCUCGUCUCCCAACGUGUCGGGAAUGGAGUCUCUGCCCCCACACGUGUAUUCCACGCCUCAGCCCUCCCUGCCCCCUGUGCAGCCGUCCGCGCCACCUCCCUUUGUGUCAAUGUCUCCGGCUCCUUCUGUUCCCCUGAGUGGCACUUCUGUGCCGCCCUCCGUGUCUCCAUCGCCUGCCACUGCUUUCAGCGGCCCUCCGAUGUCCCACUUCCCACCUUCGACCUCCGCCUCGGGUGCUCUCCUGUCUGCACCGCCUUCGGGGCCUCCGAUAUCAGGGUUUUCUGUCGGUACAGCCUACGACAUCACGAGGGGACAUGCUGGGAGGGCGCCCCAGACACCUCUGAUGCCGUCAUUUUCUGCACCUCCGGUUACAGGUAUCUUGCCAGCCCCCAUUACUCAGCAAGCCAGCAUGACGUCUCUGGCCCAGGGACCUGGAACCACAUCAGCCAUUACUUUCCCGGAGGAACAGGAAGAUCCCAGAAUUAACAGAGGCCAGGAUGAUGCCCCUGCUGGCGGGAUCUGGGGUUUUAUUAAGGGCGUAGCUGGGAAUCCUAUGGUGAAAUCUGUCCUGGAUAAGACCAAGCAUUCUGUAGAAAGCAUGAUCACCACGCUGGAUCCUGGCAUGGCUCCAUAUAUCAAAUCUGGAGGUGAACUGGAUAUUGUCGUAACCUCAAAUAAAGAAGUGAAAGUGGCUGCUGUCCGAGAUGCCUUCCAGGAGGUCUUUGGCUUAGCUGUGGUUGUUGGGGAAGCUGGACAGUCCAAUAUCGCCCCUCAGCCAGUCGGAUAUGCAGCUGGGUUGAAGGGCGCCCAGGAACGCAUCGACAGCCUGCGGAGGUCGGGAGCGAUCCACGAGAAACAGACAGCGGUGUCUGUAGAAAACUUCAUUGCUGAGCUGCUGCCUGACAAGUGGUUUGACAUCGGCUGCCUGGUGGUUGAAGAUCCUGUGCACGGCAUCCGCCUGGAAGCCUUUACCCAAGCCACGCCCGUGCCUUUGGAGUUUGUGCAGCAGGCGCAAAGCCUGACUCCCCAGGACUACAAUCUGAGGUGGUCAGGCCUUUUGGUGACAGUGGGGGAAGUCCUGGAAAAGAGCUUGCUCAAUGUCAGCCGGACUGAUUGGCACCUGGCUUUCACUGGCAUGUCUCGCCGACAGAUGAUCUACAGUGCAGCCAAGGCCGUGGCGGGCAUGUAUAAGCAGCGGCUGCCACCCAGGCCCAUGUGAGAGCAGUGCUGGGACACGGAGACCUGCCAUCGUCACCUUGGGCUCCAUGCAGAGGAACCUGAGUGGCUUCCGUGAAUCCAACAUUUUUUACGAUUUUCCUGUAGGCUGCAGUCCUUUUAAAAGAAAAAGUCUUUUUUUUAAAUAAAGGCACAAUUUCAUUCCAGUAAAGCAAAAGAAAUAGAUCCUCUUUUUACUGUCAUAAUUUCAUACAUCCUGGUUCUCAAAAGACAUACACAAAUAUAUUUGCAGCACAAUUCAGUAUACCAAAUUUAUAAAGUGGAGAUCUGCGUUCACAUAAUGGAUGAUUUGUUCUUGGAUCUUCUGGGUUCUUAAUAUGUAAUGAGGUCUGUGUGUGGUCACUAUCUCGUGAGUGCUUGUUUCUGUGUGUGCACACGACUGACCUCAGACAUGCUCAGCAGUGGACCUUACGUGCUUGCUGGGUCGGGGUGCACAAUUUGAUGUGUUUUACAGAAUAUGGGCCAAAUUAACAGAAUGGAUAUUUUUUUGUCAUUAUGUACAUGUAUAGUUUGGAAGUUAUACUUGCUUCUUUUUUGUUUUAAAUUUUGCUAUUUUACAGAUUUAUAUUAUGAACAUCAGAAAAUAAUGUUUUAUUUUUUUUCAUAGCUAUCUAAAAACUGAAGGGCAGAUCAAGUAUAUCUUAGAUCAGAAAUGUAUUUGCGUUUUUAUUUUGUUUAUUUUUGCACAUUGGUGUUUGCUUGCCUGUGCAUGUGUGUACAGUGCCCAAGGAGGCCAGGAGAGGGCAGCAGAGCUCUGGAACUGAAGUCACAGAUGGUUGUGAGCUGCCCUGUGGGUGCUGGGAAGGAACUUGACUCCUCUAGAAGAGCUGUCCAUGUUCUUGCCCACUGACACAUCUCUCCAGCACAUCCCCCCUCCCCCAUGUUACUUUUAUAUAAUGGCGUUAGCACUUCCAUAAGUCAGCUCUCACUACAGCUGUUCCUACAUCCUCUGCACUGUAAGAGGGAUCCCUUCUUUUGAGACAGUACGGAUUUUCUUCAACAAAAGCUACAUCUUUUUUAUUAUUUGAGAAUUUCAUCAAUGUGUUCGGGUAACAUUUACCUCCCACCCAUCCCUUAACUCUUCCAUCCCUACUAUGUGUUCCCGUUCCUGUCUUCCUUUCCCCAGCCCACCAAGUGCAAUUUGUGUUAUUCAAAUAGGUGUGAGGCUGUGUCCAGUUGACCAACAAGAGGUGACACCCUGAAAGAAACUUGACUGUCCCUCUCUCAGAAGCCACCGGCUGCCAGUAACUCCCCAGCUGUGUGCAUUGGGGGCCGGGGGGAUGUAAGCCCAUCCGUGCUGGCAUGUUGUUUGGCUGAGAUGUGUAGAUUUAAGGCUAUAUCUUGUCUGCCUUAAGCACAGUCUGACAUUCCUAACUGUGCCUCUCUGCCUUUUAUUUCUUACCGAUGUUUUCAACGGGAUGAUUUUUAUAUUCGAUGUUGUUUAUGUUUUCUUCCAGACAUACUGUAUUUUAACAUUUGGGAAAUUUACAAGUCAAAAUUUAGUAAUUUUUUUCUUACUCAGUUGAGCUCUCUAUAUAGGCAAUUCAGAUAUCUUCCUGAUGACAAUUUGAUAUGUAAAUGUAAUUUAACUUUCUUUUUGAUGUUGAUGCAGUUCUGGAGAUGUUAGCCUUAGAAGUCUUUGCACUCGCUCUUCCCUGUCCUGGCUUGUGCAGUGUGCCUGCCUGCUUUUCGGUAAUUACAUCACUUCUGCUCCUUUUACAGAAGGAGAAGUUUUACUUUUGAGGUGGGUACGCGCUGAUCUUCAAGCACUGUGUGUGUUGCUUGGUGAGGUAGGAAGGGUGCAUUGCUGUGGCUCUUGCGGUGCAUGGACCUGGCCCAGGGAAACGUGGUCUCAGGACUUCUGGUGGCUUCUUGAUGCAUAAGAAACGGGGACCUUUCUCUACCGCUUGUUUGCUGUGCUCUGGCUUUGCAAUUUGGGUCUGGGGAUGUAGCUCUGUGACAGAACCCCAGCUAAAGUCUGGUCCCUCCAUCAGUCUCUAGAACACAAGCAUGCAUGCACACACGCACGCAGGCAAUCACACGAUAGGGGGAUUAAAAACUGUCCCCGUGUAACAGUAUCUGAUGGGGCAUUGUCUGGAAGACGGUGUUUCCUGUUCUCUGAAGGCAGGUUUUGCAAAUCCCGAAGGGUCCCCUGCUAUUCUCUUUCUUGUGUAACUGAGUCCAUACUAGCUCAGUGACCAUUUUAGAGGCCAUCCUAGUAGAUGCACAGGAGGUCACUGACAUCUCAUGGGGUGAUCGUCUUCCUCGAACCCUCAAAUAACAGUGGCCGACUUAUGCGAUGGCUCGUUUGAAACCGAAUAAUUGUCGUUACCUAGUCUGCCUUCUGUGGGAUGGGGAGAAGCAAGAGUGAAGGGUGGAUGGAAGAGAGAAAUAUUUGAUCCAGUCUGAUCUCUCUUGAGACAGUUUCCUCCGGCCCAGGAUGGGAAGUUGUCAGAGCAGGGCUGACAGUGGCACAGGCAUUUCUUCCCUAGCCUCUGUCUGUCACCCUCAGGUUGUGCUAAACCAGAAGAACAGCGAGUGCUGAUUGUCCCUCCUGUAGCUCGCCCAGGAGUCUGUGUGGUGGCGUUUAGGCCUGGCCAGCCCAACAUCAUGGUUCCCUCCCCAGCCCUUCUGUUCUGUAUACUUUUCUCUUCCUACGUGUCUCUGUGUAGCGUCCACACUGACAGUUUUAGAGACUUUGUGGUGGCUGUUGCCUUUUUCAAGCCUUUCAGGAAAAAAAAUCAUGUAACCAUUUGUCACCCUUGCCAUGGUUGGUGCUAGCAUCUUUUGUGAAGUUUGUUGUUGUUGUUGCUGUUUUUGAGUUCCAGAUUAUUGGAAUCUUAUUUUAAUUUAUUUUUCUCAGUUGGAAAAUAAAACGGGAAAAAUGAUUUAACAUCUAUCUCUCACAGGGUUGUUUGACUGUUCAGUUCCAAGGUCCUCCUGUUCAGUUUUUUUGCUCAUCUUGUUUCUGCUCUGGCUUGCUUUGUUGGUAAUAAUGCUGGACCUGGAGCUGAGCAUCUCAUUUACCCGAGGCAAGCGCUCUACUAAAGCCCAGAGCUCCGUACUGCCACACACUUCUGAAGUUGGAAAAGUGUGAGGAGCUGGGACUUGCCUGAUUCGCUCAUCAUUAUUUUUUUUCCUCAGUCUUUAGCUAGAGGUAAGUGUGGGUAUGUAGGAAAACAAAUGAAGGCACCUAAUGUACAUCUAUUCUGAAUUAUGCAAAUUAGCUCUUACUCAGGGUCAACUAAAUUACUUCACUUUGCCCUUUAGUUUACACUUAUUUGGCAAAAAAAAAAAAAAAAAAAAAAAAAG